UACAAAGAGCCUUUCCCGACGAGCUGCGAGGCUACGAGGAAGAUUUCGACUCGGCGCUUUUAGAGAAACAAGAAAGGGGAGAACGUGCGUUUAUUUUUUCGUUCGUAGGCCGGAAUCCCGACCCGAAAUCUGUCGCUGCGUUCGGAGCGUAUCUGCCCGGUGUGAAGAGCAGACGGGGACCCCAAAGACCGCCGACGAGCGAAGUUUCUCCGGACAGUUUGACGGUUCUCGAUAUUGGCUUCGUCCCACAACGUCACUCUUUGGCAUGGAUAUGAGGCGCUCACCCUGCACAGUGUCACGGUUCAUGCGGCCAUGCCCGGUCACCUGCCUGCUGCUGCUCUUCAUGCUGGCUGCCCAGUACUGCCGCGCUGAAGACGCCUCCCCAGCACAGCUCCAGGAGAACGACAAGCGGCGCCCACCGGCAGCCAUGUACGGCUUUGGCCUGGGAAAGCGCGCCCCGUUUCUCUUCCUGGCCGAUGACGCCGCCGAACAAGCAGCGGAACGAGCCGAAGCCGAAGACGAAGACCCGGACCUCAACUACCUGGACAAGAGAGGCGAGCGUCCGCAGCACCCGCUGCGCUACGGUUUCGGCUUGGGCAAGCGUCUGGACCGGGACGGCAACUACCCGGGAAGCAUCGACCACAACCGAAGGGAGCGCCACCGGUUCGGCUUCGGUCUCGGCAAACGGGGGAAGAAGUCGGAGAUCGAGGACUUCAUGAAGCGGAGGUACAACUUUGGCCUGGGCAAGCGCAGCGCCUACGGUGGCGACGACGGCGAGCGCUGGAAGAGGAGCCUCGCCUCGGAUCACAACUAAAACCGAAACCGUCGUUCGCGCGUUAGGCCUCGUUAGGCCUACCUAAGCCUGAUCGGGUCUGACCGCUGCUAGGCCUAGCAGGCCCUCCCCUCGGCUUGGCUUGUUAUGCACGCUCUUGGCCAGCCCUAAUGAAUGGAUCCUCAAUUUGGUUCAAUAUUCUAAGACGUAACCGCGUUCGACCUCUGACUAAGCCUGGCCUACGCUGGCUAGGCUUCGGUGGUCUAGGUAGGCCUAACUAAGCCUAACCGAGACUGUGUGUGUGCCCCGCUAGGCCUUGCUUCUGUUGAGCCCUUCCUGUCCUAUUUUUUGCCCUCGGUUUGAUCCAGUUUGUUAUCUCCAAAGACGAGCCGAUCUGGCAGACUCGCUAACUCGUCUUAGCUAAUAGUGUUGGAAACUGCACGCGAUAAAAUGUGAACGCGCGAACGUUCGGUGAAAAAAAAAUAUUCAGGCGCCAAGACGCUCCAAGGUCUCAAAGCUAUACCCCCGAGCGUUAAGUAUUCAUGAAUGAUGAACGCUGGUUUGAGAGUGUGUGACUUAGGUCGAAUUCAAUUCUAUAAAUUUAAAGUUGCGUUCUACUCAGUCAUAGCUACGUGUUUGACAAUGCUCGCGGCUCACAAACCAGGUCAUCCAAGAUCUCAACAAGACCACAGUGACUUCAGAAGCACUUGGUUGUUCGUGGGAAAGGCAAUUCAGAUUGUCUCAAUUCAAGAAACAAUACAGAAAACUGUGUAAUUCGUUGCUUGUUGAAUCGCGAGCGUCAACCCAUGCACACGGCACUUCGGUACAAAGGAAUCCCCGCCCUCCAUUGUUUAUCCUUCCGAAAAGGAUUGAAAGAAUGUAAAGAAGUUACCUUUAUAAUUUAGAAACAUAGGGACCUGUCUCCCAACAAGUUAUACUUCUUAGCUCCCAAAGAUUGGAAUGACGACCUGUACCCAAUAUUUCACUGUAAUGCAUAUUGUAAAGUGUGAUCUGUGGAUCCCAGAACAUUUUCUUUCAGUUUGAUUCCUUAUUUUUUUCCAAUGCUUGGCUCAAGAGGUUAAUUAGUAAAUAACAAAAGUGGGUGAGAACAAAAACUGGUAUCACGCGAAAAUAAACGCGAUAGCAACAGUUCAUAUUGACCUUGUUUGUAAAUAAAUGUGAAGGAGGAUUCGUCACUUCUGAAUUGUUCUUUUCUUCUUAACGGCCGAAAGUGACGCGACAAUAAAAAAGAAAUGUCAACCGGUGUAGGCCUCGUCUCUCCUUAAGCGACAUACUUCUGUGAUUGUAAAUAAACCUUGUUCUCUCGUCAAUG